AGUAUUACCAACUCACCAUCGGUGGUCUACCAAACGUCUGCUCUCUACACGCGAGUAACACUGCUCAACCAGACUACCGGCGUGUCAAUCCGCGCAAUGUCCUCCGGACCACCAAUCGCAAUGGAGAACGGCCUCCAACACGACGAUAACGACGUCCCCGUCAACAAGACGACCACCUUCAACGGACGACUAAACCAAUACUUCCACACCUCCAAACUAGUCACCAACGCAGAAUUACCUCUGUCAAAAGCCGCAUCGUCCGACCUCCCCACCCCAGCGCCAACACCAUCCAUCGACCCUGGCCCGCGCAAACGCAAGACCCAAGACGGAGACACCACCGGUAGAGAAACACGCCCUCGAGAGCGCAGCAAACGCCGCUCAAAGGCACCAACACCAGCCUCUCCCACCACACGCAUGGUGACGCGCUCUCGAUCCGCGCCUCUCGCCUCACCAUCACCAUCUUUACCAACACCACCAACAACAGCAACACCCCCCAGCCAACCAACAACCCCCACCACCCCAUCCACCCCCAGAAACAGCAAAAUCAACAGCACCAGCAACUCCCUCCUCCGCGACACCAUCCCCCCAAACCUAACCCUCCUCCUCGUCGGCGUCAACCCCGGCAUCCAAACCGGCCUAACAGGCUUCGCCUACGCGCACCCGUCCAACCUCUUCUGGAAACUUCUCCACGCUUCAGGCAUAACGUCCAUCCGGCACCCCCCCUCAGACACAUACCGGCUCCCCGCAUUGUACAACAUCGGCAACACGAACAUCGUAGAGCGCGCCACGCGCGACGCAGCGAUGCUCACCCGCGCGGAAAUGAACGCCGGCGUGCCCGUCCUGGAAGCGAAGGUCGCGGCGCAGCGGCCGGAGGUUGUCUGUCUUGUUGGGAAGAGUAUCUGGGAGGCGGUGUGGAGGGUGAGGCGCGGGAGGGCUAUUCGCAAGGAGGAGUUCCGCUAUGGGUGGCAGGAUGAGGGGGAGAAUAUGGGGCGCUCGGAGAAGUGGGGCGGUGCGAGGGUUUUCGUUGCUACUACUACUAGUGGGUUGGCGGCUGGGAUGAGUAGGGCGGAGAAGCAGGCUGUCUGGGAUGAGUUGGGGGAGUGGGUUGUGCGGAAGAGAGAGGAGCGUGGUGGUUGAAGAGUUAGCUUUCUCUCUCUUUUCUUUUUCUCUUUCGUCUACACAAGUGUAUAAAAUAUCAAGACCUAUCCAUAUAGAAUUAACGACCAGCAUAUCACAC